CGGACCGCCGGGCGGCGGGGCCGUCUCCCCCUGCGCGGCGGGAGCGGAGUGCGGCGGCCCGCGGAGGGGGCGGGGAGGAUGACUUCAUGCCGCCGGAGCGCCGUGAAUUUAGGAGCAGCAGCUGCCGCCGCCGGCGGCGGGAUGUGGGGGUGAAGUGAUAGCGGGAGCUGCCGCCGGCUGAGGGAGGAACAGCGCCGGGCACCCGCCGAGCCCGGGGGCUCCGGGCCGCCACCAGCAGCCGCCGCGGCAGAGAAGGAGGGAGGGAGGAAGAUGCGCUGAGCCGGUCGCUGAAAGGUACUGCUAUGUGGAUAUUUGUUAGCAAUGACUGAUGUGGAAUCUACAUAUGCAGACUUUAUUGCUUCAGGAAGAACAGGUAGAAGAAAUGCAUUACAUGACAUCCUUGUGUCCUCUCCGGGUGGGAACUCUAGUGAACUAGCCUUAAAGUUAUCAGAGCUUGAUAUAAACAAAACAGAAGGAGAAGGAGAUGCACAACGAAAUCCAAGUGAGCAAACCGGGGAGGCCCAAGGGGAGGCAGCAAAGCAAGAAAGCUGACAUCCGACUUUGACCGAGUGGAGCAGCUGCUGGAUGUUUUCAGGCUACAAGAGUGUGCUGGAACAAAUUUGUUUCCAUGAGCAAGCUGGUAGAAAAGAAAGUGCAUGUGUCUUCACUGCUGGAACCCGCUCAACACAAUGCUAAAAAUCUGGGUACAAGCUGUGACAGAAGACAGAAUUUUCUCUACCUCUGUCAUUAGCAAUGGUUGAACAUGUAUUGAUUUUUUGGGAUAGUGUCAUCAGAUGGAUCCCUUCAUAAUGACUACUCGAUGGGAACACUUUUAGAAAGUAGAACAGGUAAAUCUUGUAGCAAAUGGCCUUUGAAGCAUCAGAGGAUCUAAUUGUGUAUCUUAAGCAAAGGCUUGUGUGAUCCUCAGAGUUUAAAAUUCUCUGGCCAAAGUGUUUGCCCAUUAUAUAAGAACUGUAAAGAAAGCGCUGUUUUUAGAACUUUGCAUCUGUUUUACAGCUCUGUUAUUUACAAUGGUUUUUGUAUUGUACGACUUAGAUGCUCCACACUGCCCCUUCUCAACUGCUUAUGAAGAAUAUUUCUGUUACUGUGAAUUUUUCUACCACACGUUUUGAAAGGGCUGGUUUUUUGCAUAAGGUGGUGAUGUGCACAUGAUAGAUCUAAACAUCAACUGCUAAAUUGAUUAUGCCUAAACCUGAAAGACUCAGCAACACUCAAAUUUGUUACUAGAUGAGCCUUCAAAACGAUUUGUUAAUGUGAAUACUUGAGCGUGCGUUGUGUCCUUGGUACAGUUUUGCCACUCGCCUGUAGUUAGUUGCAUAUCAGAGACUCAAAUUGAAUCUUUUAUGUUAUUCUUCCCCAUUUUUCUAAUUUUGGUCCCAAUUUCUUAAUCUUUCUCUGAGAUAUUUUUUUAAAAUGUUAUUCCAAGUAUUUUAUUGUUACGGUAGUUUUAAGAAUACAUUUGUAACCUUAUAUGGGUUAAAAUUCAAACUAAUUCCAUGGUGCUAGAGGUUUUCCUGAUUCACAUUGUAAAGACAGGCCUUGUUUACACAUGGGAAAAUAACUGGCAUAGGUUAUUGCCAAUUAUGUAUUCUGAAGUGACUUUUAGAAUGCAGUAUAGUCCAAUGAGUGGCUCCCGGGCUGGAUCCAGCAAGGGGUUGGAUUUUUACUAUUCCUUGCCUUUGCCUCAGUUGAUCAGGCUGUUGAGUUUGUGCAGCCAGUAGCCUGCUACUGAUGCGCCUGAACAGCCAAGUGCUAGAAUCUGCUACAGUAGCCUUGUGGCUUGGAGCUGGAAAGGGAGGUGAGAGACUUGGCAUCUAGCACCCAAAGACUAGAUUUUUUCCCAUUUCAUCUAUUCCAAAAUGGCAGUCCAAACUGGGCCUUCAUCAAAAUACCAGGAUAGCUUGUCCAUCCAGGACAUCACUUAAAAUAUCUACAGAUUAAUAACCUGUUCUGCAGUAGCUAUUGCUGAUUGAUUUGUUUUUCCCCCUUGUCCUGCCCCAAUAGACAAGGCCAUUCAUGAGGCUGAAUGCUGCAAACUGGGGCAGCCGCACCUCUGUGUGACUAAGGUGAGUGAAGAGAGUGACUGAUAGUAAACCAUGGCAAUCACACAAGCACCAAUCACAAGGUCAGAAGAUUUGUUUUCUUUUAUUAAUAGGAGGUGAUGUCACUUUAUAUAUAGUAUAUAUAUAUUAUAUAUAUUUUUGUGUUGUUGGUUUCAAAUGUUAUGCACUUUUUAAUGUUUGUAAACUUUUACUAAUGAAUAGUGUGAUUGCUUCCUGAAUAUAUUAAUCAUCAGUUAACAAAACAUCUUUGUGGCCACAGAUGUUUGUUUCUACCAUAUGUAUCAUAGUACUUGUCACCUGAAAAUUUUUUGUGAGAUAUGUGGAGGAAAAAAACCCACUUCUGAUCAGUAUUAUAAGAUCAUUUAUUAGUGUUAAUAAAAACAAGCCAGCCGUAUGCUUGUGGCUCAUGCGUGUAAUAUUAACUCUCACCUUCUGGUGUUUGGAAGCUGAAUGCCUUGCUGUCUUACUAGCUGUCAAAUGCCCUAUCUUCUUGGUAAGAGAAGUAGUCCAUUUGCUUUGGAAAUACUGUUAUCCUUAAACAAUUCUUAUUCAUUUGUUUCACUUGGUGUUCUUUCAAACUUAACACAUUAUUAUUAUUAUUAUUGACCUUUUUUUUAAUUAUUUCUCCCCCUUUCACUCUUGCAUCAAGUCUUCAAGCUGAACUGGUUGCCCUUUGUCAUGGACUACUUACUGUCAAUCUAGCACAAUUGCCAGAAGGAAAUAGGAUUCUAGAGGUUUUUUUAUAGUGUUACUUUAUUGAUGAUCCAUGAAACAUCAUCAGUAAAAUGUUGCAGAAAAAGGCAAUAGUGAAUUAAGUAUUUACAGUAUAUUAAAGUGAUGGUUUUCCUUAUUUUCCUUCACUGCUUUUCUUUAUUUCAGUAUACUUUCCUUCUUAAUUCUUUUGUGUUGUUAAAUAAAAUUAAUUUCAGCCUUUCCUCUC